AUGGCUAUCACUGCCUGCACUCAGAUAAUGGCUAUCACUGCCUGCACUCAGAUAAUGGCUAUCACUGCCUGCACUCAGAUAAUGGCUAUCACUGCCUGCACUCAGAUAAUGGCUAUCACUACCUGCACUCAGAUAAUGGCUAUCACUGCCUGCACUCAGAUAAUGGCUAUCACUGCCUGCACUCAGAUAAUGGCUAUCACUGCCUGCACUCAGAUAAUGGCUAUCACUGCCUGCACUCAGAUAAUGGCUAUCACUACCUGCACUCAGAUAAUGGCUAUCACUACCUGCACUCAGAUAAUGGCUAUCACUGCCUGCACUCAGAUAAUGGCUAUCACUGCCUGCACUCAGAUAAUGGCUAUCACUGCCUGCACUCAGAUAAUGGCUAUCACUGCCUGCACUCAGAUAAUGGCUAUCACUGCCUGCACUCAGAUAUGGAUAUCACUACCUGCACUCAGAUAA